CACCAUCUAUAUAUUCUCAUUCAUUCUUAUUAAUUAACGUGUUGAGAGCACUUGGAACGUAGGGAGAAGGGAAUCAUGAAAAUCGACCGUGAGCCUCGCUCGGCAAGCUCUAAAUUGAGAUUAGUUUAACUACUAAUCGGUCUGUGGUUAGAGCUGGUUAGAGCGUCAAUUAGCUUGCGUAAUCGCGCGUAAUCCCGGACGUUUGUUAUGCGCUGUCCGAUUUUUGCGACCGGUCGAAAUUUUGCCGCCGUUGUCUCGGCCCCUCGGCGCCUCGUGACAUUGUGGCAGAAAUUUGAUUUGUGUCCCCCGCAGUUGUUGUUAUUAUAACAAAUAACCUAAAAUUGUCGAACGUACGCAACGGCAACCUCGGCGAUCGAUGUCGAGAAACCUAUAAAUAUGCGGAGUUUAAAGGGACUGUAUCAAAGAGCGUUGAAAAACUAUCCCUUGGGUACCCAAGCAGUGCAAGCGGGAAUAUUAAUGGGACUCGGGGAUCAGAUCGCACAGAAUUUCAUAGACAAUUCGAAAAGUAUUGACUUUGUACGUACAAUGCAGUUCGCAGGAAUCGGUUUGUGCAUCAGUGGUCCAGCAACGACAACGUGGUACAGGGUUUUAGAUAGAUACAUUGGCUCGAAAGGUCACUCCGUUGCAAUUAAAAAGGUUGCUUGCGACCAAACGUUCUUCGCGCCUUCAUUCCUAGCGGUUUUACUAGUCACCAUCGGCAUUUGCCAAGGGAAGGAUAUUGAAGGGCUAAAAAUUAAAAUGGCAAAUGAAUAUACCGAGAUCCUGACGAAUAAUUACAAGCUGUGGCCUAUGGUCCAACUCGUCAACUUUUCUUUGGUACCUUUGCAUUAUCAAACUCUAGUUGUACAGUCGGUCGCUUUAUUGUGGAACAGCUAUGUUUCCUACAGAACAAGUUUGGACAAACGAUAACGAUUUUAUAUGGCUAUAAUUAAGUAACGAAUUUAAUAAUUACAACCGCUAUUUCAAUGUCUGUACUCCUAGCGGCGAAUUGUUAUUCCCAUUUCUGUAAUACUAGCAGCAUGUUUAAUAUUUAUAUUAUACAAAGGCGCCUGUUUCCUCGUCGUUGGAUUUUGUCAAAAGCGACGAAUCGGGAAUCUUUCUUUUUUAUACUACACGUUAAAAUAAAUUAGUAUUUUUUAUAAUUAUUCUCUUCUCAAUAAUUGGUAAACUAUAUCGAAAACUUGUCCUUAUUAUCCCGCAUUUCAUUUUAUCAGUGAAAAGCGUACAAUUCAGUCUAUGUAUGUGCUUUAUAUAUUUUUACUUUGACUUUACAAUCAAUCAAGGUUUAGAGCAUUUAUUGAAUUACAAAGUGAAAAGAGCGUCGAUGGCUAGACUUUACUAAAUUAUCCUAUCAAAUAUGCUUGUCUGUAAGAAGUUAACGAAACUAUGCAAAGAGAAUAAUCACAUGUUUAAUUUGCGUUUAAUGCUAUAACUUGAUCAUUAAGAUAUUAUACAAAUUACAAUUUUACACAUCUAUCACUUAUACAAAUCACUUCCUCCUUUACAGCUAUAUUAAUGUACAAAAUCAUUUUCUUUACAGCCUUACCAAUGAAAAAAAUAUAUAUAUAUGAUUUAUAUA